AUGGCGUUUGGAGGCCGCGCGAAUGCGGAGCAGAGCCGGGACAUGGUGCGCGCCUUCCUUGACAGAGGACACAGCCGAGUGGACACUGCCUUCAUGUACGUGGACGGGAAGUCAGAGGCGAUGAUCGGGAACAUGGACCUGCCCAAAACAGUGAGUUUAGCCACCAAAGCAAACCCGUGGGAUGGAAAGACCCUGAAGCCGGAGAGCGUUCGGUCUCAGCUGGAGACCUCACUCCAGAGGCUGCAGAGCGACUGUGUGGACCUCUUCUACCUCCACGCUCCGGACCAUUACAACCCCAUAGGGGACACUCUGCUGGCCUGCCAGCAGCUGCACCAGGAGGGUAAAUUCAAGGAGCUGGGUCUGUCCAACUAUGCGUCGUGGGAAGUGGCUGAGAUUGUGAGCAUCUGUAAACAUCGCGGCUGGAUAGUCCCCACAGUUUAUCAGGGGAUGUACAAUGCCACAACUCGACAGGUGGAGACGGAGCUGCUUCCGUGUCUGCGAUACUUUGGGAUCAGAUUCUAUGCCUAUAAUCCACUUGCAGGUGGACUUCUCACUGGGAAAUAUCACUAUGAGGACAAAGACAGAGGUCAGCCUGAAGGACGCUUCUUUGGGAACAAUUGGGCAGCAGCGUACAGAGACAGAUACUGGAAGCAGAGUCAGUUCGAGGCAAUUGCGCAGGUGCUGAAUACUCUGGAGGAGGUUUACGGAGCCGACAAACCCUCGCUGACAUCUGCCGCCAUCAGAUGGAUGUACCACCACUCACAGUUGCAGGGGGAGCUGGGAGACGGUGUCAUCAUCGGGAUGUCCAACAUGGAGCAGCUGAAGCAGAACCUGGACGCAGUUGAAGAAGGAGUUCUGGACGAUCGAGUGGUUUCUGCUUUUGACGAGGCCUGGAGCAGGGUGGCCCACGAGUGUCCCAACUACUUCCGCUAA